UUUCUAUUUCUAUCUCCACUCCAAAUAAUCGAGACCACACAAAUAAUAAAUCCUCAAAAAAUGAAAAAUAUUAGUAGAAAAUCGAGACGCCACACACACCAGUGUUCGUUCGUUGCAAAACCAUAUAUAUUACACUCUUUGGUUCUUCUCAAGGCCUCUCUCUCCAUUUCAACAACUAUAGCUUAUCUAUAUAUCACCGUGUAGUACACAGAGAGCUAAUUAAAGAUGGUGGUCGAUGUGGAGAGGCGAGCCGCGAGCGUGCCGGGAGGGAAGAUGGUGGCGCGUGGCUGCGAUGCGUGCAUGAAGAGAUCACGUGCUAGUUGGUACUGUCCAGCCGACGACGCUUUCCUAUGCCAAAGCUGCGACUCCUCGAUCCACUCGGCUAACCAUUUAGCGAAACGGCACGAACGCGUCCGGUUACAAUCAUCUUCGUGGACGGAGACGACAGAAAAAACGACGUCGGUAUGGUACGAAGGUUUCAGGAGAAAGGCGAGAACGCCUAGGAACAAGGGUUUGGCGUCUGAGAAGUUGUUGCAAAUGGAGGCGAAUGAUCCUCUUGUUCCGGAUCUUGGUGGAGAAGAAGAAGAAGUGUUUUUCUCGUUCUCGUCCGUAGAAGAAAACGAGGAGAGUCUGAAUUGUUGCGUGCCGGUUUUCGAUCCUUUCUCAGACAUGGUGAUUGAUGAUAUCAACGGCUUUUGCUUAGUUCCCGAUGAAGUCAUCAAUAACACUACUAAUGGAGAAGAACUAGGAGAACUCGAGAGGGAAGUCAUCGACGAUGAAGGUUUUAUUGGGUUCUUACCGUUGGAUAUGGAUCUUGAGGAUCUCACUAUGGACGUGGAGAGGUUACUUAAGGAAGGACAACUUUGCUUGGGACUCAAGGAACCAAACGAUAUUGGAGUCAUCAAAGAAGAGAAUAACGUAGGGUUUGAGAUUGAUUGUAAGGAUUUGAAGAGGGUUAAAGAUGAGGAAGAAGAAGAAGCCAAGUGUGAAAAUGGAAGAUCAAAGGAUAGUGAUGGAGAAGCAUCUAAGGAUGAAGAUAGAAAGACGAGUUUGUUUCUGAGCUUAGAUUACGAAGCUGUGAUUACUGCUUGGGAUAAUCAUGGUUCGCCGUGGAAAACCGGAAUCAAAUCGGAGUGCUUGUUGGGAGGGAACACGUGUCCGUCACAUGCUGUGGGUGGGUUCGAUGAGUUGGUGUCGACCGUCGGAUCGGUGACACGCCAGCAAGUGAAAGACGGAGGAGGAUCGGACGGGGAGAGAGAGGCGAGGGUUUUGAGGUACAAGGAGAAACGGAGGACGAGAUUGUUCUCAAAGAAGAUAAGAUACGAGGUUCGGAAACUCAAUGCCGAGCAGAGACCUCGAAUCAAAGGUCGGUUCGUGAAGAGAACGUCACUUUUGACGUGAUUUGAUUUACUUUAGUCAACACUUUAAAGAGCUUGUAAUUAAGAACUGUGAAGUAAUUGUGGUAAUGUACUACAAAUUUAACUGAAAAUCUUGGGGCCGGCACCUAUGAUUUCAGAAUAACCAAUAAUGGAAUUCUAUAUAUAGAAAUAUUUGAUUAAAAUGAA